GGCUCUGACACGGUGGAGAGCCUAGCGGAGCCUUGGAGCGUCGGCCAGUCCGGGGACCGGCAGCCGACUCGGCCCCUCGCGGGGCUGCGCUCCCCCUGGGCCCCGCUCGGCGCUGGGGCGCGGGCUGCAUAUGGGAGCCCGGGGCGCCCAAGAUGCGCGCGCCGGCCAGGGAGCUCUUCCGGGACCCCGCCUUCCCUGCCUCGGACUCCUCGCUCUUCUCCAGCUUCUCCACGCCGCUGGCCCAGUUCCGGGAGGACAUCACGUGGAGGCGGCCCCAGGAAAUUUGUGCUACGCCCCGGCUAUUUCCAGAUAACCCACAGGAAGGGCAGGUGAAGCAAGGGCUUCUGGGGGACUGCUGGUUCCUGUGUGCCUGCGCCGCCCUGCAGAAGAGCCGGCACCUCCUGGACCAGGUCUUUCUUCCGGGACAGCCGACCUGGCUCGACCAGACAUACCGUGGCUCCUUCACCUGUCGAGUUUGGCAGUUUGGACGCUGGGUGGAGGUGACCAUAGAUGACCGUCUGCCUUGUCUUGCAGGGAGACUCUGCUUCUCCCGGUGCCAGAGAGAGGAUGUGUUCUGGCUUCCAUUACUGGAGAAGGUCUAUGCCAAGGUCCAUGGGUCCUACGAGCACCUAUGGGCAGGGCAGGUGGCAGAUGCCCUGGUGGACCUAACCGGUGGCCUGGCAGAAAGGUGGAACCUGAAGAACUUGGCAAGCAGCAGAAGCCAACAGGAUGGGUCUGGCGGCUCAGAACCCAAGACUUGUUGGCAGCUGCUCAGCCUCAAGGAGCGGUGUCUGAUCAGCUGCUCAGUGUUCAGCCCCAAGGCAGGUGCCAGGGAGCUGGGGGAGUUUCACGCCUUCAUCAUCUCGGACUUGCGUGAGCUCCGGGGUCAGGCUGGUCAGAGUAUCUUGCUGCUUCGCAUUCAGAACCCCUGGGGCCGGCGUUGCUGGCAGGGGCCCUGGAGAGAGGGGGGUGAAGGGUGGACCCAGGUGGACCCAGUGGACUCGGCGGAGCUGCUGUCCCAGCUCCAGGAAGGGGAGUUCUGGGUGGAUGAGGAGGAGUUUCUCCGUGAAUUUGACGAGGUCACCAUUGGCUACCCGGUCACAGAGGCUGGCCACCUGCAGAGCCUCUACUCAGAGAAGGUGCUCAGCCACACUCAGGAGCUGCCGGGGGCCUGGGUCCCGGGGCAGUCCGCAGGAGGCUGCCGGAACAACAGCGGCUUUCCCAGCAACCCCAAGUUCUGGCUGCGGGUCUCAGAACCGAGCGAGGUGUACAUUGCUGUCCUGCAGAGGCCCAGGAUGCGCACGGUGGACUGGGCUGGCCGGGCCCAGGCACCAGUGGGGGACAGCCGUGUGGUGUGGAGCCCGGCGAGCAUCCUGGGCAAGGACUACCCUGCCGUGGGUCUGCAUCUCUGGAAGGUGGAGAAGCGGCGGGUCAGCCUGCCCAGGAUCCUGUCCACACCCCCUGUGGCUGGCACUGUGUGCCAUGCUUAUGACCGUGAGGUCCAUCUCCGCUGUGAGCUCACCCCCGGCUACUACCUGGCCGUCCCCAGCACCUUCUUAAAGAACGUGCCAGGACAGUUUUUGCUCCGGGUCUUCUCCAGCGGGAGAGUCUCCCUCAGUGCCAUCAAGACAGUGGUCCAGAGCACUGGCCCUGGGGAGACCCUGUUGGCGGGGGAGUGGGAGACUGUGCAGCUGCAGGGCUCCUGGAAGAUCGGCCAGACGGCCGGGGGCAGCCGGAACUUUGCCUCCUACUCCAGCAACCCCUGCUUCCCCCUCACGAUCCCUGAGGGUGCAGGCCCCCGCUGCGUCCGGAUCACUCUGCACCAGCACUGCCUAGACAGCGACUGCCACCCCAUCGGCUUCCAUGUUUUCCAGAAUGGCUGUGAGCCCAGAGGAGUCCAGAAGGGGGUGCUGCCAGUUCCAGCGGACAAUGGGGGCCAGGGCACGCCUUCCCUGCUGCUCCAGAAGCCUCUGCUGAGCUGUGUGCCACAUUGCUACACCCAGGAAGUGAGCCGCGUCUGCCACCUGUCUGCAGGGACCUACAGGAUUGUGCCCUCCACCUACCUGCCAGACACAGAGGGGGCCUUCACAGUGACCAUCGCAACCAGAAUAGACAGGCGCUCCAUUCACAGCCAGGAAAUGCUGGGGCAGCUCCUCCAAGAGGUACAUGGGGCCAGGGAGGGGCUUCCUGGUGUCCUGGGGCAUGAGGUGCACUGUGUCUUCCCCGCUGUCCAGGGCAGCCACUGCCCACACCUCACCAUCUCUCCUUUCACAGGCCUCCUUCAUGGCAGUGAUGAAGACCUAACUGGAUAACCCCACUGGAGUCCUCAGAGGCCUCCCUUGGCCCACGAUGUCCUCACACAGCAUCCUUGCACGGUGCCACCAGCCUCAGUGCUGUAGCUGCCAGUCCUGCACUGAGCAGCUGCAUGUGCCUGUGGCACUAGGUGAAGGUUCCUCAUCCUGGAGAGAGGCAGCCCCAGGGUCAGGCAGGUGCUGCAGGGAGAGCAAGAAAGGCCCAACUCGAGUGUCCUGGUCCCCAAGCCAUGACAGCAGCUCCGUGGAGUCCCUCCGGGCUCCAGAGAGGCCUCAGCUGACAGACGAGUGUGUCAGCACACAGCUGUUUGCAGCACUUCUGGAUGUAACUUUAUAAAUAAACAGGAAUACUGAGCAGUU